UAUAAAAAUCUCUCAUAUCAGGCUCGUACUCGAACGAUCUCUCUGUUUGUCCGCCAUGAAAGAACAUUCCGUUCUGAAUCGGCGCCGGAGGCCAAGCAGCAUCCAGGCGUCCAAGAAGAUGAAGCUUGUGUGCAGCUUCAACGGUUCGUUCCAGGCAAGACCUCCAUCGGGAAAGCUUAAGUACGCGGGCGGAGAGGCCCGAAUCAUCUCCGUGGACCGCUCCAUCGGGCUAUCCAAGCUCCGGUCCAAGAUUUCGGAUCUUUUCCCAGCCACGCGCCAUCCUUCCUACUCCCUCAAAUACCAGCUCCCCGACCGCUCGUGUGAGGACUCCCCUCUCCUCGUCUCCGUCGCCUCCGACGACGACGUUCGCUGCAUGAUCGACGAGUACGACAAGCUCGAGCUUUACGGUAAGCACGCCAGGCUCUGGCUCUUCGUUUGUACAAACGAUAAUGAUGAUGAUAACGCCAAUGCCAUUGUUAAGAAUGAUGGUAAUUUGCCUGUGAAUUGCGUGAAAAGUGAGAGUUUGUGUACCAAAAAUGGGGUUGCUUGUGUGAAUGGUGCGAGUAGGCGUGAGGCCCAAAAUGGUCAAUUCGAUUGUAAGCUGGCCAAGAAUUUGGAGAAAUAUGGGGAUGAUUCGCUUAGGAAAAUUGUGUUGAAGCAACAGUUGUUAGCGAAACAAUCUGUUUGUAAUGGUGGUGAUGCUAAGGUGGAGCAGAGGAAUGUUGAACUGGCACCGAUGAGUAGGUUGAACAGGGAGAACAUUAUGCCAUCUGAUGGAAAUUGUCAUUCUUGUAAUGAUAAUUUUGUUGGGAGUGGUUAUAGGCUGCGACAUUCGUGCACUGGUGAAAGGAUUUGGGGUGGCUUACAUUGUGGCACACGCAGCCAUAGGUUUAGUGUAAAUGAUGCCAGAAAUCAGCGGAUUAGUUCCUGCCAUGCGCGUAACUAUCUGAACAAUCCAUUUGAGAUGGGGAGCCAUCGGACUGUUAGAUUGGAUGGAAGGGUUCUGGUGGGGAAAUUCUGCCAUGGGCUCCGGCCAAAUUCGAACAUCUCAAAGCAGGGCCAGUCUAUGAGAGUUUGUCAUCCCAAUUCUAACAAAAUUCCAUAUCAAUGUGAUCUUGAGAAGAGCAAUGAAACAGAAUUCGAGUGCAAUAGUGAGGUGUAUGAUGAGGAAGCAGGCAGUGAUGGUGCUGACAACUUACAAGGUGGAGUUGCAUCUUCGGUGGAUUUUUCCUUGUACAACCUUUCAUUAUCUUCAUCCAAAGAAGUAGGAUCUCCUGUGCUUUCUUCUCCUGCAACCAGCAAUGUUGCCGAUGCCUUGCUAAAACCUCAAUCAAAACCUAAAACGGAGGAAGGACAAUUUACACCUGAUCCUUCCUCUAAGAAUGCAUUCAAAAUGGAAAAAGAUCGUGUCAAUGAAAAAGAUAUUCAACAAGACCCCCCAUCUGGUUUAAGCAUUGAUGACAAGGCUGGCAAUAAUGAAUCUCGUAAAUGCACUGAGGUAAUUGGCGGAAUCCCUAUUAAUCUGGCUGCGUUUUGUAUUCAUCUUGCCACUAGAGAGCUGCAGACUAUUAAAUAUACUGACCUUGAAUAUAUAAAGGAGAUUGGUUCGGGCAUGUAUGGAACUGUUUACUAUGGAAAAUGGAAGGGUUCCGAUGUUGCCAUUAAGAGGAUCAAGCCAAGUUGCUUCACUGAAGACUCGUUGGAAGAGAACCGAUUGGUUGCAGACUUUUGGAAGGAAGCUCACGUACUAGAUGAGCUUCGCCACCCAAAUAUUGUGGCAUUUUAUGGUGUAGUUACGGAUGGACCUGUGACAAAUUUGGCAACAGUAACAGAGUACAUGGUCAAUGGUUCCCUGAAACAAGUUUUGCGAAGAAAAGAUCGGACGAUUGAUCGUAGGAAGAGGCUAAUUAUAGCAAUGGAUGCAGCCUUUGGUAUGGAAUAUCUACAUGGCAAGAACAUUGUCCACUUUGAUUUGAAAUCACACAACUUCCUUGUGAACAUGAGAGACCCUCAUCGACCAGUGUGCAAGAUUGGUGAUUUGGGUUUAUCGAAAAUUAAACAGAAGACGCUUGUCUCUGGUGGAAUACGAGGAACCAUACCAUGGAUGGCUCCAGAACUGUUGAAUAGUAAGGACAUGGUUACUGAAAAGGUUGAUGUCUACUCAUUUGGAAUAGUAAUGUGCGAACUCUUGACUGGGGAGGAACCCUAUGUUAAUUUGCGAUCGGAGGAAAUAAUAGCUGGUAUAAUCAAAGGCAACCUGCGACCUGAAAUUCCAAGCUGGUGCGACCCAACAUGGAGAUCAUUGAUGGAGAGGUGCUGGUCAUCUGAUCCUGACUCCAGACCAGCCUUCUCAGAGAUUGCAAUGGAGCUACGCACCAUGUCGGCCGCCCUAAACAUCAAGUGAAAACAAUGAGGUUGAGGGUUUCUGUAAAUAUUCCAGGAGCAUCAGGAACAGGGCAUGCUGAGACUUGGUUAAAUGUUGCCGUCCCAAGUCAUGUUGAUCUGAUGAGACCCCUUCGUUGGGGUUGGUCAAGCCAGGUGUUAUUUUUUGCAGUCACCUGUAUAAUAUAGCAGUGUAUAGGCAGAGUCUGAUGUUUGUAAAAGUAAGAACUAUGGUUAGUUAGUCAUCACAGAACAGGCAGGACCUUGAAGAAGCUUGUAAUUUUUUUGUCAAGGCUUUUAAUGGUCGUGCACUGUUGUAUACAAUCUCUUUCUGAGAU